AAAGCCCUCCCGAUGGAGAUGGACAUCGACGCCAUCAUGAAGCUCCUGCCGCAUCGGUACCCGUUCCUCCUCGUCGACCGCGUCCUCGAGAUCGAGCAGGGGUCGUACGCGAUCGGUCUGAAGAACGUCACGAUCAACGACAACUUCUUCCCCGGUCACUUCCCGCAGCGACCGAUCAUGCCCGGCGUGCUGAUGGUCGAGGCCAUGGCGCAAGUCGGCGGCCUGAUCAUGCUCGACCCGAGCGCGGCGGGAGAGGACGGCGGCGGGACGCAGCAGGAGUUUUUCUUCGCCGGCAUUGACGGCGUGAAGUUUCGGAGGCCCGUCGUCCCGGGGGAUCAGCUCGUCAUGAAGGUGGUCCUGACGAAGAUGAACAAGCGGUUCGGGAUCGCGAAGAUGAAGGGGCAGUGCUUCGUCGGCGAGGACCUCGCGUGCGAGGCCGAGCUCACGCUCGCGCUCGGG